GCAGUAGCAGUAUAGCAGGGCGACGGUCGACGGCGCACAUAAAUUUGGAACCAGUAGGCGCCCGUGCCGGACCAAAUACUCCUCCUCCAGGCUACUACACGCACGUCUCGCUUCUCGCGCGUCGCGUCGCGUCGCGCACCCAAGCAGAACCACGCCACGCGCGGUGCACAGUGCACGCACUUCCCACUUCCGCCAGUGCCAGCCGCUCUUGUUGUCCCAGUCCAGGAGUGGCCGCCAGCCGCUGCACUGCACACACGCCCUCGCACUCGCAUUCCUCAUCACUCUCUCCCUCCCCAUCGACCAUCGUCUCCGAAUCUCUCUAUCUUCUUCUCUCUCUACCGGCAAGGCCCGCUGUCUCCGUCCGGAGCUCUCUCGCGUGCUCGCAGUCGCAGGCGCGUCCUGGGAGGAGACCUUCGCUUCGUCCGUGGCAGAGGGUAGUAGACCAUGAAGGCGCUGGUGGUGACAGUGCUUCUCCUGCUCUCCUCCACCCUCGCCGUGUCACAGUGGUGCGUGUGCAGGCAGGACGCGACGCAGGCGGCGCUGCAGAAGACCAUAGACUACGCCUGCGGCUCCGGGGCGGACUGCAACUCCAUCCAUGAGAACGGGGCGUGCUACAACCCCAACACCGUCCCGGCGCACUGCUCCUGGGCGGCCAACAGCUACUACCAGAACAACAAGGCCAAGGGCGCCACCUGCGACUUCACCGGCACCGCCACCCUCACCACCAGCGACCCAAGUUCUUCUGGCUGCUCUUACCCUACCAGUGCAAGCGCCGCUGGAACGAUGACCCCGACCACUGGAGGCACAAUGGGAGGAACCCCAGGGACCUUCACGCCCGGGACAGGCACAGGCACAACUGGCACUGGCAUGGGGACAGGCACUGCCACCGGAACCACCGGGUUCGGCGGCCUAGGACCAGGCACAAACGCUGGCAUGGACACAGCGGCAGCAGCGGGCUUGCUCCUCCCAACGGCUGGGCUGGCCACUGCCCUCGCUGCGCUCCUCUUCUCAGCCAUCGUGCUCGCAUGAUCGCUUUGAUAUGACCUCAGAAACAAGACCCUACCUGCUAGUAGAAAGCACAACAACCCUUUUGGUAAGGGGCAUUUCAGGAGUACUCUAAUGAUCUAUGGAGAAAGGGAGAACCGAAACCUAAUGCAUCCUAUCUGAAAACCCACUAGCGCCUGCUUCUUGUUCGGUGCAGCCUGGGGGAGCUCAUGGGUGGGGUGCCCUUUCGUUUGGGCUCCUCUGUGACCGCCUCAAGUUCUGUGUAUUACUCUGUAAUCUGGUAGGAUGUCUGUCUCUGUCAUGCAAGGACAAUUGUCUGUCUUUUUUAUUCUCUGUUGUUAAUCAUGUAAAUGUAGGGAAGGUACUGGUAGGUUAAUUAGUUCUUCAAGGCUGGCUGGCUGGAAUGAGAAUGCUGCUAUUUGGACAAACAAUGCCGUGCUUUUUUUCAUCAACUUGCAUGUCAUCUCUGUCGCCCUGUCGGUGGCUCAUAUUCUCGGCACACUUUGAUGAACCUGCAUGAAUUGAGACCAAGUUAGAGCUC